AUGAUCGUGGGCGGCUUGUGCAGGCGGCUCGCCCAGCAGCUCUGGCUCGCCCUCCUCACGCUCUGCGCGCUGCUAAGCCUGCCGUGCAGCAUGCUGCGCUGGCUGCGCCACGACCACUCGCACCGGCUGCGGCGCCAAGACUGGUACUUUAUCGCGUGGCGCUUUACGUUUCCCGUGCUAACGCUGCUGCUCGUGGUGACGCUGAGCUGCGUCGGGCACCUCGCGGGCGUGCUCGGGUACGCGGCCGCGGCCGGAUCUGUCUGGUACUACUGCAAUCUGCUCGUGAUCGCGAUGCCCUUUGCGCUCGUCUAUCGCUACCCGCUCUUCAGCGCGCGGCUCAAGGCACUCUUCUGGAAUGGCCUCGCUGUCUUUAGCGUCUUCAACAGCCUGAUCGAGUGCUUUGUCCUUACGGAGGGCAAGCGCCAUAGCGCAACCCAUAGCAUCUCGAUUGGCCAAAGCAAGCUGAGCUGGCUCAUGGGCAACACGAUGUUUGGCAUCGUCGGUCUUGUCGGCGUGCCCUUUUGCUUUGCGAUCCAGCCGCGCACGAUCCGCAUCGAGGUCGAGUCGGACGACGCACGCCCCGAGGCGCAGACGUCACUGCCGACAUCCUCCUCCUCCACCAGCGUCGUCUCGUCGACCUACUACCCGCACGAUUUGCUGUUGCCGCUGCACCUCGACAGUCAGGACGACGACGACGACGCGACAAUGGCACCAACGCCGACCACCGCCAUCUCCAACCGGCUCUUGUACGCAGCAGGCGCGAGUAUUUUAGUGUGCUUUUUUGCCAUGAUCUGCUCCAACUUUCCAAGCCAAGCACGGACGCCGGCGUCGUCGCUCGACAUGUACUGGUGGCCCCUCUACGCGCUCUCGCCGUGUCUCGUGGGCUAUUUCCUGUACCAUGUCUUCUUGAUGCCAGCGCCGUUGACGCGCGCCAGCGAAGCCAUCAAUGUCUCAGACACGCAGUACGACUUCAACUAUCUCGUUAUGUUUACGACCGUCCUCGUGCACGUGCCCGUGUUUGUGGGGCACCUGUGCUUGACGCUCUUUGCCGUCGUCGCAGCGACCCACAAGGACGACGGCGGCACGCUCAAGUUUCUCGUCUCGUGCCUCUUCUUGGUCGUCAUGCAAGGCUACCUCUUCAUGCUCACGCGCGUCGUCCAGACGCUCUCCGAGCCGUACGCCUACCCGUCGCUCUUGUACAGCGCGCAGCUGUACUAUUAUCUCUUUUGGUACCUCAUGGUCGGCUCGGACACGCCGAUCGACAUGCUCUACGUGGCCAUGCUUGUCAUCAACAACUUGCAUGUGGUUUUUGCCAAUACCGGCGUGUACACGGACGUGACGCAGCUCAGCGUCCACUGCCUCCACCCCAAGCUCCAAUGUCUCUCGAUGUGUCUGGGGUCGUCGGUCGCGAUCUGCUUUCGCGCGGCCAAGUCGAGCGUCAAGACCGACGACGAUGGGAUGACGGUGCCGCACCUGCCCCCGUCUCCUGCCGCGGCGCGGCAACGGCGGACGUGCUUUCCCGAGCCACCUAAAGCCAAGGACGACGACGACAAUACUACGACGGUCACGGGGCCGCAGCUGCACCAACUGUACUUUCUCAUGAAACUUGCCGAGCAAGACAUGAUGGCCGACACGAGUGCGCUUGUGCUCGUGCCCUCGAUCCUCUCGUGGCUCUCGAUGGUCGAGACACCCGAGGAGGCUGCGACGCACGGCCCACCGCCGCUCCUCAACAUGUGGCUGCGCUGCCUCAUAAUGUUUUUCGGGCGACUCGGCGGCUCGUUCUUGGCGCGCGAGAUCUUUGCCUACAAGAUGCAGAAAAUGCCGGCGUCGCAGCAAACGGGACGCGACCGCAUCCGCAUCCAGCGCAUCAUGCUCGCCGACUUUUACCGGCAGUUUUGGUACCUCGCGGCCGUCACGACGGUCUGUGCCUUUGCCUGCUUUGAUAAGGCCGGGUGGCCCGCGCGGUACACCUUUUAUACGACCACGUAA